UCAAAAGUACACAGUUCUUAUAUAAGGUUUUUUUUUAAAUAUAUUUUUUCUAGAAGUUAAAAAUUAAAAACAGAAGAUUCAUGGUGGAAAAGAAUCCUAGACACAAAGACCAUUCUACUCAACAAUAUGAAAUUAGUUCAUUAUCUUCUCCUAUUUUUGUAUAUUGGUUUAAGUUUUUGUAAGAAUCCAACACUAGUUGAAGAAGAUCUUCUAGAUGAAAAAUGCUUAAAAGAAAAAUACAUGCAUCAAUCUUGUGAAAAAGUCUUCUGCCAGCCAUGGGAAAAAUGUAUUGAGGGAAGUUGUGUUUGCAAACUUCCUUACCAGUGUCCAAAGGCUAUUACGUUGGUGUGUUCAACUACUGGAAAAACCUAUAAUAAUUACUGUCAGCUAAAGAGUCAUGAAUGCAUUUAUCCAAAAACAAAGUUUUUAACUAAUGGAACUUGCACUAGCCAAGGCCAAUUUGAUCUUUCUUUGAAGUAUGGAAAUACAGAGUCAGAGGGACUUGUUGAAGUAAAACUUGGGAAUGCUACAUCAUUCAUAUGUAAAAAAAAUUGGAGCAUAAUUGAAGCAAAUGUGGCCUGUUUAUAUCGUGGGUUUAAAGGAGGAGCUGUUGAUUAUAAGAAAACAUUUAAUUUCCCUGAUGAUGUUGAUGGCAAGAUCACUGACUGUUUAGAAGCAAAUUGUAGAGGAUUGGAGACUACUUUGGCAGAAUGUGUUUUAAUAAAAAGAAAGGCUAAUAGCAAGGAUUUGGCUGGUGUAGUAUGUCAUACGCAAGAAGCAGUAGACCUCCUCAGUGAUUCAUUCCAGUGUGUCAAUGGGAAGUAUAUUCCACAGAAGAAAACUUGUGAUGGCAUCAAUAAUUGUGGAGACCAAAGUGAUGAGCUAUGUUGUAAAGGGUGUAGAAAUGGAGGUUUCUUUUGUAAAUCAGGUGUUUGUAUACCAAAAAAAUAUCAAUGUAAUGGUGAACUGGACUGCAUUAGUGGAGAUGAUGAAGUGAACUGUGAAGAUGUGGGGCACUCUGAAGUUCAAGACUUGAUAGCCUCAACUUCAGUUCAAGGUACUAGAAAUUCUGAACAUGAAGUCCAAGAACAAGAUGAAAUAUUGAAUGUUAAUAUGGAUGAGGAAAGAAAAUUAUUGAAAUCUCUUUUACCCAAAAUAAGCUGUGGUGUUAGAAACAAUACACACAUUCGAAGGAAACGAAUCGUAGGAGGAAAGAUUGCAACUAAGGGGCAAUUCCCAUGGCAGGUAGCAAUUAAAGAAGGUGAUAAAAUCCACUGUGGAGGAAUCUAUAUUGGUGGCUGUUGGGUCCUGACUGCUGCACAUUGUGUCAGGAAAAAUUUAGCACAUCGGUACCAAAUAUGGACAGGAUUACUAGACUGGAUAAAAGUUAACAGUGGAACUGGAAUCCAGAGGGUCAAUCGAGUGAUAAUCCAUGAACAGUACACUGGAGUCACCUAUCAAAAUGACAUUGCUUUGAUAGAAAUGCAAAAACACCCAACGAAAACCACAUGUGAGCUGGUGAAUACUGCCCCUGCUUGUGUUCCCUGGUCCAAGUAUCUCUUCAGACCUGGUGAUAAGUGCUUUGUUUCUGGCUUAGGACGGGAUGAAGAGAAUAAAAAUAUUUUUAAGCUCAAAUGGGGUGAAGUCCAACUGAUAGGGAACUGUUCUAAAUAUUACUCAAAUCGCUUCUUUGAGAAGGAAAUGGAAUGUGCAGGAACAGAUGAUGGUUCUAUAGAUGCUUGUAAAGGGGAUUCUGGAGGGCCCUUGGUCUGUAUGAAUUCCAACAAUGUGUCUUAUGUUUGGGGCAUUGUGAGCUGGGGGGAAAACUGUGGAAAACCUGAAUUCCCUGGUGUUUACACUAAAGUGUCCAACUAUUUUGACUGGAUUAGUCAUCAUGUGGGAAGGUCUUUAAUUUCUCAAUACAAUGUAUGAUAGUGUGGCUUCCUUGUCUUUUCUAUUACAGUCAAAUUCCCACGUUUAUCUAAAUAGAACAAUAUGUAAUUAUUAACUUUUAAAGACAAAAAACCUUUCAAAAGCCACAAAAAAUUUUAAAACUAUGUUUUAUAGAGUUUUUUCUUUCUUAUAAGAUUUGUGCCUGAAUAAAUGCUAUACUUAAAUUUUACUGAAAAGUUCUCAAAAUAAACACUUUUGCAUGCAUGCCAAUAAUGUAAAAUCUUAUACUUGUGUUUUAAAAAUUAACUUCAAAAAUACAGGAUUGAAGGAAUCCAAUUGGCUAGAUAGCCAUUUGUGGGAAAAAGAUCUGAAGAUCUUAGUGGUCUGCAAACUCAAUAUCAACAUAGUCGUUUAGCAAGUCAAAAAUUUGGUUUUGGACUAUAUUAAGAGAGUCAUAGCUUAUUGCAAUAAAGUCUGUACUUCUAUACUCUGCACUGUGUACUGAUCAGAAGCAUACAUAUCUCUAGAGGAUUGAGAUCAGUUCUGAAUGCUAUAUUAAGAGAGUCAUAGCUUAUAGCAAUAAAGUCUGUACUUCUAUACUCUGCACUGUGUACUGAUCAGAAGCAUACAUAUCUCUAGAGGAUUGAGAUCAGUUCUGAAUGCUAUAAUAUCAAGCUAAGAUGGCAAAGGGCCUUGAAUUCAUAUCAUUUGAAGAAUAGUUGAAAGAAUUGGGAUGUUUAAACUGGGAAAGAGAAGAUUCAAGAAGGACCUAAUAUAGUUAGGGAAUAUGAGGUGAAUGAUGAGUAGGAAAAGAGAUUGAGGAUUGACUGGAAACCACUAAAGGCUUGUAAACCACUAACCUCUGCUUUCACAUUGGAGUCACAUGAGUUCAAUAUGGUGUAUUUGGACAAUAUGAAUUAACUCAUUUGACUUCAGCUUCUGUCCCAACUCAGGUAGGAACCUCAGUUCAUCUAAAUUCACAUAUAAAGAACUAAAGGAAUGUUAUGGACUGCAAAAUGAUUCAAGAGGGCACAAAUCUGCCCUGGCUCUAUUGAAUCUGCCUUAAACUUAUACUAAGUGACUUUAACUUUUCUUUUUAAAAGGCUUAGGUUGGAACUUGCCUCAUCUAGCUCCUACCCUCACUUUAGUGGGGUGCUGGUAAAUGUUUAACAAAUGGCUCUUUGAAGAAGAAAAAAAACCUUUUUUUUCCUAAAUCACUUUAAAAAAAUAUUAUCUGGUUCAUUAAAUUUUUUUCUUUCACUUUCUUAAAUCUAGAAAAUCAAUAAAACAUUAACUCCA